GCUACCUCUGCACUGUUUGUGUGUUUUAGUGUGAUGUGUUUGUGUGUGGUGUCCUCUUUCAUCGUGCACAACAAGCCAGCAUGACCAGAGAUUAAUUAUUCAAGGACUGCCAGCCAAAAGGGGGAGUCACCUGAUAGUACGGACUUACACUAUUACAACCUGAUAUCAGGUGAACUGGUCGUCUUCUUUCCUGCUUGUUCUCCUCCUCCUUAUCCUCGUUCUGUUUUUGGGUGCUACAGUACAUGAAGACUUGAAAGACAACUUUCACAGAAGCAGCUACAAGCGGAAUUUUUUUUCUGUUUUGUGUUUUUAUUUUUUCCUUUUUUGCCAAUGCUUGUCCCUAACAAACAGUUGAGUCUUGGUCGCUCCCACAGUUGGGACACAUUAGGGGGGAAUGAGGGUCAGUGGGACAGGACCGAGAGUGUCUACGAGCAGCAGGCAAGAGUAGCUGGCCGGCGGAGCUCUCUGUCAUACGGAGAGGGGGGAGGGUGGUACGAGCCUCCACCAGGAGUGCGUCCCUCUGACAUGGAUUUGAAACGCGACCCAUAUUCCUACCAAGACUCUCUGUACGGGCAGGUUUACGCAGAGCGACAGGACCCGCGGGGGAUGAGGAAGGGCUCUGUGCCUGAUCUAAACCACUACGAACGAUCCAUGGCUCACAGAGGAUCCAUUCCGCAUCAGGAUUACUAUUCCCAUGACCCGGCCAUGACUCCCCGGCCACCUGAGGGCUUUUACCGGCCAGAACACCAGCCUCCACCGCCUCACCCUCACCCGCUCAGUAGGUCAGGCUCUCAUUUUGGGAUGACACCUGGGACUCGUGCUGUGUGGGAUCAGGGUCAGGGAGGGAGAGUAGGACCCCAAGCUCCUGCAUCUCCACUACCUCCUCCUCCCCCUCCUCCAACUGCUCAUGAGCUGAAUCGGGCUUAUAGAGAACCUGGUGCUGUAACUCCUGCCAAAAUGACGCCAGAUGGCCAACAGCGCAUACCCUCCCGAGAGCCGUCUCCGUCUCACUAUGGUAUGGAGCAUGCCUCUCCUCGCUAUGCAAGUGAGCCUCCACCUCUUACUGGACAACCGAUCUAUACUGAUGCUAAUGGCCGCCCAUUGGACCCGCAGCAGCAGGCUGCUACCUGUCUAGUAGUAGAUCCUGCCAGUCAAGGUGUGAUCAUGAGGCAAGAGGCCGCCUCACCCUACACCAUCCAGCAACAGCAGCAAUUACAGCAGCAACAACAAAUACAGCAGCAACAGUUACAACAGCAGCAACUUCAACAACAACAAAUACAACAGCAGCAAUUACAGCAACAUCAACUUCAACAACAACAAAUACAGCAGCAACAACUCCAACAACAACAAUUACAACAGCAACAGCUCCAACAACAGCAGUUACAGCAGCAGCAACUUCAGCAAGAACAGUUGCAGCAGCAUCUGCAACAACAACAGCAACAGCCCCUGCCACCUCCACCUACUAUGCCCAUCUCUGACCCUAAUCUUUCGAUUGCGGCUCCACUUCCUGCUCCACCUGCCCCAAUGCAGACUGCAGUGGUUGCUCCAGCUGCAUCAACUCUUGUGCAAGCUGCCCAACCAUCAAUCCCUCCUCCUGCGACCACUCCACUCCCUGCUCCUCUUCCACCUCCUCCCACCACAGCCCCACAGACGCCUUUGCCAGUGGACCCCAAGAAGACAGUUGAUCCAGAGUUCCUUGCUCUGCUGCGAAAUGAGGGCCUCGCAGAGAGCACCAUCUCUUCACUUAUCCAUCAGGGAUUUGACUCCACUAGUAUGCUGGCUGUUAUGGAGGAAAAUGAUGUACGCACCGUCGCCCCCAACCUUGGUCAGGCUCGCGUGCUCUCUCGCGUGGUGCACAACUGCAAGCGGCCUGUUGAAGCCCAGCCACCCCCCUCCGUACCUCAGACACCCAUGCGAACCCGCUCCAAUAGUUUUAGCCAUCGCUCAGACACCUACCACCACCACCAGCAGCCGCACCAUCCAAUGCAUCCCCCACAGGCUUUGGCUGUGGAUCCCCAUAUGAUGCACCCACAGACCCCUGGGCCCAUGCAGACUAUCUCCCCAAGGAUGGGAGAAGUAAUGGGUAGGAGACCCAGCAGUGCCCCCUCUCAGCACCUCCUGGAAGCCUCUGGGGGCUACCCAGGCCAACCACCUCGCUCCCCGGGGCCAUACACUGGCGCACUUGUGCCUAUUCAAUCAAGACCCAUGUCAGCCUACUCUGCUGGGGCGAGUAUGUCCGGGAUGCCCAUGCAUGGCAUGCAGAUAAUGCCACAGCAAAUGACUGGGUCAAUGCCUGCUAUACCAGGGUCUAUGCAUGGCAUGCAAGGUAUGCCACAGCAGAUGCCCGUGUCUAUGCCGGCUUUACCGCAGCCACCACAACAGGUACCGAAAGCAUACUCCACCAAUUACACGGUGCCCAUGGAGCUGAUGAAGAGGGACAGGAACAUACUGCCGUUGUCACCCAUGCACAGCCCUCACCCCAGUCCUCAGCUGAUGCGUAAGGGUGGGGGACCUGUACAGGACAAUGCCCUCGUCCCUAUGGGAGCACCAGGCCAAAGCCAAGGUGCUCUGGCUGCUAACCAGAAACUAAGUCGACGCACAGGUCCACCAGUCAUUGUGUCUACUAUGGCAUCUCCAGAUACAAGUAUUCGGCCCCAGAUUAUGAAUGGGCCUAUGCACCCGCGCCCCCUGGUGGCGCUGCUGGAUGGGCGCGACUGCACCGUGGAGAUGCCCAUCCUCAAAGAUCUGGCCACCGUGGCGUUCUGUGAUGCCCAGUCCACACAGGAGAUACAUGAAAAGGUGCUGAACGAGGCAGUAGGCGCUAUGAUGUACCACACCAUCACCCUGACCAGAGAGGACUUGGAGAAGUUCAAGGCGCUGCGCAUCAUCAUCCGCAUCGGCAGCGGCUUCGACAACAUCGACAUCAAGGCUGCCGGGGAACUCGGCAUCGCGGUGUGUAAUAUUCCCUCAGCGGCUGUAGAGGAGACAGCAGACUCAACACUUUGUCACAUCCUCAACCUGUAUCGGCGAAACACCUGGCUGUACCAGGCUCUCCGGGAGGGCACGCGGGUCCAGAGCGUGGAGCAGAUCCGGGAGGUAGCGUCGGGGGCAGCCAGGAUCCGAGGAGAGACGCUUGGCCUCAUCGGAUUUGGUCGCUCUGGACAGGCGGUGGCAAUGCGAGCCAAGGCGUUUGGCUUCAACGUGAUCUUCUAUGACCCCUACCUCCAGGAUGGCUUGGAGCGCUCGCUGGGCGUUCAGAGAGUCUACACGCUGCAGGAUCUGCUCUACCAGAGUGACUGUGUCUCCCUGCACUGUAACCUGAACGAACACAACCACCACCUCAUCAAUGACUUCACCAUCAAACAGAUGCGUCAAGGUGCUUUCCUGGUCAACUCUGCACGGGGAGGUCUGGUGGAUGAGAAAGCUUUGGCUCAGGCCCUGAAAGAAGGCAGGAUACGGGGAGCCGCCUUGGACGUCCACGAGUCGGAGCCUUUCAGUUUUUCCCAAGGUCCCCUGAAAGACGCCCCCAACUUGAUCUGCACGCCCCACACCGCCUGGUACAGCGAGCAGGCGUCACUGGAGAUGAGAGAGGCCGCCGCCACAGAAAUACGCAGAGCCAUCACUGGCCGUAUUCCUGACAGCCUCCGAAACUGCGUCAACAAAGAGUUCUUUGUUACCAGCGCACCCUGGGGAAUGAUGGAGCAGCAGCAGCCUCAAGUUCACCCUGAGAUGAAUGGAGCCGCCUACAGAUUCCCUCCUGGUGUGGUGGGUGUCGCCCCUGGCGGGAUUCCCGGACCUAUGGAGGGGUUGGUGCCUGGGGGAGUGCCCAUCACCCACACCCUGCCCCCCGGUACCCAUCCGUCACAGGCCACCUCCCCCAACCAGCCCUCCAAACAUGGCGACCCCGUGAGAGAGCACAUGACUGAGCCGUAGGACUGCUGCUGUUACCGAGCAGGGGGCUAAAACCGAUGUACACAAAAAAUAAACCCCAGCGACCCUACAACUCACCAUCCAACUGUACGCUUGACUUCAGCCAUCUGAACCUACCAGCGGACUGCCUGCCGGGCAACGUUUCACACGUUUUCUUUUUAUAUGAAACCACUACGUGAGGACAGUGGAUGUUAAAACACAUGAGCUGCCACACUGAAGAUCGGACUGACAAACGUCAAAACUCAUGCGCCGAAGAAACUUUUCCUCCGUCAUAUCUGUUUUUUUGUUCUUCAUUGAUAUUUUUGUUUUGAUCUUUAUUUUUGAGUAUAUUUUAGGGGAGAUUCCUCCUGACUUCUGGGACAUGUUGACAUUUCCAGGUGCAGGAUGGAAAUCUGACUCCUUGGUUUAAAGGAAGAGCUUGAAGGAAAAGUGACUUCACAAAUGAUCCGUCAAGCCUCCGCUUCCCCUCCUUCCUCAUCUGUUUCAUGCAUUUCAGCUCAAACAUGUCUUGUGUUGUUUUUUUUUGUGUUUUUUUUUUACUUUCCUCUGUUUAUCCUGUGUUUCUGUUGCAAGUAUUUUUCUGUUCUUCAGUGUGUGUGAAAAUGAAUGGAUUUACAGUUACACGUAUGUUUAGCAGACAAGAAAAGUCAGCUGAUGACGACAGACUCCAGAAAUCUGGACUCCAUCUUUGCUCUUUUCUAAUCGUCGUGGCUCCUGAAUGUAGAGACAAGAUGUGGGGCAGUAAAUGUGGUCUCCAGUUCCAGGAAGAAUAUUUCGGCUUAUGAGGUUAAAAAAAAAAGAAAAAGAAGACCCUUUUAAACCAAAAAAAAAAGGAAAAAACAGACUGCCAUUUGUGGUUCGAUAUUGUACAUUGAGUGUCACAUCAAUUAAAUUUUGCUGUUGUAACUUUUCCAACUCUGCUGAACUGAGGUACCUACAAUAUUUGGUUAUUGUUAUGAACAGUGUCCAAAAUAUAUUCUGUUUGCAUCCAAAGGACCUACAGCACCAGCGAGCGAAGUAGGAAAAACAAAAACAGUAAAUCUUACUGACUCAGGAAAAAAACUAACAUUCAAAUAUGUCCAAAUCUAAACAGAAAAGAAAAACUGGAUUAUUGCUUUUCAUGUCUCCACCUCUUUCUCCAUUGUGGUAUUUUUUUUAUAUAUCAAAUGUAAGUUUUUUGAUGUUCAAGGUUUUCAGUCCUGUUAGAUUUGUAUUGCCUUGUAAAAUGUUCUUAUAAUCAUAGUCUUAUGUGAACGACCCCGCCCUCUCCUCCUUAUAGUUUCUUCCUCUUUGUUUUUCUGCUCUAAUGAAAGCCAGCUGUGGCUCUCGGAGGCAGCGCGCCCUCUGCGAACAACAGCAGCCACAUCCAUCCCUUUUAGCCCCGUGACGUUAGCAAGAGACGGCUGCUAGCAGAUUGUUUGGUUUUUAGUGUGAGUAUUUGUAUUUGUUUCUUGUACAAGGUGAACAUAUAGCAUACAGUGCAGCUGGAAACAAUAAAUAAAACUUACUGUUCUGAUUGA